GCUUCCUUGCGCUACUUUCUGGCUGCUUCAAAGUUAUGGUCUACCACAUGGAUACUUAUACAAUCAACCAAACGCCUCCAUACAUCCACUACUUAAUUCCAAUCUCAAUCUUCAUUGGCCUUCUUCUUAUCACUUCAAUCAUCAACUGCUACUACAACCACUUGAAGAAGAGAAACCGAAGAAGGAUUGAGGAACGCAAAGGAGAAGAUCGGAGGGAGGCUCGUCGCCAAGAUGCUUAUGCUAGAUGUGCCCGCAACAUAGCACGAAUGAGGAUGCAAAGGAAGAACGUGAGUUUAAAUUCUCUCAAAAAUCCAAAAUUUCCUCUCCUUUUCAGAAAUACUAUAAUCAACCAACUUCAUCUCAAAACACCAAUUCCUCGAGUAUGA